CAAUCAAUUUACAGACGUUGGCUAACAUGAAGAAAAAUGUCGCUGUGAAUUAAAUGUCAACUAACAAGGUUUACGUAUUGAAUCAAUUAAAAAAUAGAUAAUUACUCAUUCUUUCUGUUGGAAGUUAAAGUAACAUUUUUUGAAAAGCAUAAGAUACGUUAAUUGUGUGAUAUUCAUUCUGCUGUUAAAUUGAAUGGUUGAUAAGAUUUUUAAAAUCUUACUUAGAGAUGGUGAAGAUAUUUGCUCUGAAUGUUUUAUAUAAGGGGCCAAACAGUGCUGUUUGGUUGAAGACAGCUUAUGACCUAACAUCAUUUAAUUUUUUUCAAAGAAGCAGUAUUCAGGAGUUUAUGGCAUUUGUCAGCAAAACCAUAGUCGAGAGAACACAGACUGCUGCUCGACAGUCUGUCAAAGAAGGAGAAUACAUGUGCCAUGUUUACGUCCGUGAAGACAACUUGGCAGGUGUCCUCAUAAGUGACCAUGAUUACCCGCACAGAGUAUCACACACGUUAAUAACUAAGGUUCUUGAUGACUUUGCUGCUCGCAUUCCUCCGUCGUCAUGGUCGACGGGAUCCGAAGAAAGCAUUGUAUUUCCUCAGUUGAAUGCCUACCUGGCCAAAUAUCAGAAUCCUAGAGAAGCUGAUGCAAUGACCAAGAUACAGGAAGAACUAGAUGAAACAAAAAUAAUUUUACAUAACACCAUAGAAGCAGUAUUGCAGCGAGGUGAAAAGUUGGACGACCUGGUAGCAAAAUCAGAAGGGCUAAGCAUGCAGUCGAAGGCGUUCUACAAGACUGCGAGAAAGACCAAUUCUUGUUGCAGCAUGGUUUAAUCGAAUUUGGUCUGUCAGAACCAUUGUCGUUUGUUGUACCGCUGGAGUUAAUGUGUGACGGGAGGCUGGAAGCAUCCUGGGGUGAACACAUUCCACAUGUUAUAAAAAUGUUCUCGAUUGACAGCAGAAGGUUUAUCAAAUGUUCAGAAUUCAUUGUUUUGACGCUGCUACUAUGUAAUCGCUUGGUGUACCGCAUAUCGAGGGAUGUUAAAUGUUUCAUGUCUGAGUAUUCACAGUUAUUCACUAGCCGUGUUCACAUUUUGUUUGAAUACUUUUGAUUUUUUGUGUGACAGUAAAAGGUCAGUGUUUAAUUUUCUAAAAUUGAUCAAUUCAGGGCCUUGAUAAAUUGUUUUUCGGAUAAUGAAGACCAUCACAUCAGCAGGAAAUAAGCGACAAAUGAAUUUUAAAUGAAUUUCGUUACCCUUAAGUCAGUUUUGAUUGAACAGUCUAAAUAAUACAAAGACGUACCAAACAGCUUGUUUCAGAAGAUCAUUUAAUCAUACCUUUCAGUAUAGGAAAUUAUUCAGAGCAGAUUAGGACAUUUUAUGAUUUGAUUUUUUACGGUUGUAUAUAAUUUGAUAAAUAACUUCCAGUUUUUAAUACAAUUUUCAUUGUGUGUGUGUGUGUUUAAAUUGUAUAAUAUGUGGUUGAUAAUGGCAUUGGACUGGUUUAUGAAGACAACUAACUGGUAACCCAUGAAGGUAAUGUGAUAACGUGCAGUUUUCGCACAGUGAUGAGAGCGAGUGCCCGAGACAGUGACUGGCUCAUCUAACACCCUUGGGCACAGACACAGAAAUGAUUUUAAGUGUUCAACUGUUGUUGCCUGUUCCAUGCAUGACGUAUGUUGUGUAUAUAGUAGUGUAUAUUUGUGCCAACCAAAUAUUUUGUUUAGUGUAACUGGAAAAAAAUAUAUAUAAAAAAAUUAUUUAUAUUUA